AACACAUGUGCAUGAUCACGUCGUCUCCUGCUUGUGCAUCACCAACCUAACUUCAAGAAACUCCAACAACAUCUUUUGGAACAGAAAUAACUAAUCACAAUCCUGUGUGAUUACAAACAAGAUAACUAUUUAACCUGCCUUUGAAGAAGGAACGAGAAUGGUGUGUUUCUGUUUCUUGGUGGACCAAAAGAGGAAGAUGAAGGCAAGCAAACCAGCGGCGGGAACGUGUUCCCGAUGCGGUCGUGGUGCCAAAGUCGCUGACAUGAAGACUUCGACGAGGUUUUGCCUUGUACCUAUUUAUUGCAGAUCUUGGAGAGCCAUUGUCUGCAGCUUUUGCGGCUCUGUUCUUAAAACGUACCGGUGAUAUAUUUAUUUACAUGUUUAUUUAUAGCUCUCCUUUCCAAAAUUUUAAUCACGUUGUAUGUAAACUGGCUUGGUUUUUACAGUAAUUUGUGAAAUAACAAAAUUUG